GUUAAGAACAGAUCUUGGUGCUGUGGGUGAAGCUGACACAGCUGCCUCGGUGUUCACUUCAUUUUCAGAGCGCAGUGCCACUGGUUGUUUAUCCACGGAGAGCAGGGCGCGCCCAUCCGAACUAAAAUGACCGAAGAGAAACGCUACGACCCCAGAGACACGACGCUGAAAUUUGUUAACAGGCCUGAUGAUCUGGAUCCACUGCCUCCAGAGGAAGGAGACCGGUGUCUCAGAGCAGAGAUGUCCUGCGGGCAUGCCGUCACCCCGGAGUCACUCACUGGGUGGUGUCGCAGCCUGUUGGAUCAGGGUCAGUACAAAUUUAAAUGCCCCGCUUUAAAGAAUGGCACCUUGCAGAAGUGUGAUGCAGUGUGGUCCUACACAGAGGUGCGCAGGCUGGCAGUACUGACAGCAGAAGAGAUGCAGUACUUUGAAGAGAACAUGGCCCGCCUUGCUGCCACAGAAUACUGUGAAUUUAAAACAUGUCCAGGUUGCAAAACCUAUGUGGAGAGAGAGGACCUGACUAACCUCAAUGUUCAGUGCACAAUCUGCACAGCAGACAACAAGAAAGUAUCCCAGUUUUGCUGGCAGUGUUUGAAGGAGUGGAAAGGUAGAGCUCCACGCUCUGAUCGCUGUGACAAUGACGGCUGCAUCAAUCACGAACUCGAACUUCUCAAGAACUGCAAGACUACCGCCCUGCCUCAGGUUCAGGGGGUGGAUGCCUGUCCCUCCAUUCGGGCCUGCCCCACCUGUGGUCAGAGGGUGGAGCACGACAAAACUGGCUGCAAGAACAUCAUCUGUCCACGCUGUCAGAUUGAGUUCUGCUUUGUGUGUCUGAAACUCACUCCUGAGUGCUUGAAGACAAGUUCUUACUUCAUCCCCUGCAGUGACGGUGUGGCUCCCAGACAAACAUCCAUACCUGUGUGGCACAGAAACUAAGAGGCAGCACACACACACUAAUUCAUUUCACAUUAUGCUUCUCUCAUAGUAGACUUUCUCUUUUAUAGUUCAUUCAGAGACUUCAUUGAGAAAAGGCAAAAGUUUUAUAGGUUCAUGUGCAUUAAACAAUAGUACACUGUAUUUGCUACAUUUCUUUGUAUGUUGUGUAACACCCUGAUUUAAAAAUAGUUUUCUUUGAAUUAAUCCCUGUUUCAUGAGUUAAUUAUUCAAUUAAUCUAAAUCAAAUCACUCAAUAAAGAUUAAUUUGAAAUAAAAAGAAUGUGCAUUUAAUGUUUGACACAAAUAGCUACAUAUAUGUGAACAAAUCUCCAGCAGAACAGAAUAAAUGACAGUAAAGCCAUAACAUUUAUUCAAAUGAAAUUACUUGGAAUGCCAUAACCAACUGGCCGGCAUAGUAUACAGGAAGAUCUGUGCUGAGUAUGACCUGGAAGUUUCAAGGUCAGUGGACU